AUGACGCGUUUCCACAGAAACAGCAGCGGCGGUUUCCACGGCAACGAAGGUGAGUGGCGUUUGUGUAACACUGAGGAAAAUGGCGGCGCCGGACCCGGGGGUCUGAAUGAGGAACAGCGGCAGCGAGUGGAGGAGUUCAAGAUCCAGACGCGUGUAAGUAAUGAGACCUUCCUGCGAGAGCACCAGGAGAUGCAGCUGCUCAUAUCUGGCUUCUUGGGGGAAGUUCUACUGAGACGGCCAGAGAAUAUCCGAGAGUCGCUGCAGGAAGUGAGGUCGAAAAAAGACACUCGUCCAUCAAGUUCAACCUUAAUAUAUAACCUGCCUGUCAGUUGAUCCAGAGGAAGGCAAAAUAACUCUCCAAUCGAAGCCUCUUCAAUCUGAGGGGAAAAAAUCCUUCCUGACUCCAAGAUGCAAUGGGACCAGUCCCUGGAUCAACUUGUACUAUGAGCUCUCUCCCAUAUCCCUGUAAUGUAUUCCUUCUCUUGUUAUGUGGAGUGGCCCCAUUAUUUCUCAGAUUUGUA